CAUGUUGUCAACCGUGUCCAACUGCAGACAUGGCUUCUCGAAGACAUUUGGUCGCAACUCUGCUGCUGCUUAUCGGUUCUGUCGCAGCGCAGAAUGGCAUUGAAUGUCCUUUCCCAGGUGGUGCCGAGAACGGCGGCGGAGAAGCGGAAUGCCUGUUUUACACGGCGUGUCGGUGGACGGGGUCAGAGUGCGUCAUGCAGAACAACGGCGACAUUGGCUACACGGUGGCAGGUGCCCCGCAGGAUACGGGCAGGGGCUUCAAGGUCGGUCUUGAUCUCAUCGAUGUGACGAAAACAUUGUUCGAAGGAGACAUUCGCAGGCUGGAGCUGGAAGUGAUCUACCACGGAAAUUAUAGCGUUCAAGUCAAGAUCACAGACGCGGAAUCUGCGCGCUACGAAGUGCCGGUGCCGCUGACGCUGUCAGACGAACCCGGGACGGCGCCGCUGUACACGGUGGAGGUCGCCGCCGCUGGUCAGCCUUUCGAGAUGAGCAUCAGUCGCGCCGCCACCGGGACUAAAAUAAUGAUUAUCUUAAAAAACGGUAAAACACGUCUAAUCCUGCGCCACACCUUCGAGCCCCGCAACACCUGGCCAAUCUUUGCUAGGGAUCAGCCCGUUGGCACCGGCUUCAUGAACGAGUAUGGCCACCACCCUUACUACUCGGUGGUGGAGGAUGACGCGGGCAACACCCACUCUGUACUCUUCUUCAAUUCAAAUGCAAUGGUUCAGACUGUGGGUACGCCGGAGUUUCCGCCCUACUGGUCUCUGGGCUUUCACUUGUCUCGCUACGGCUACACUUCAACCGAUGACGUCAGGGCUGUCAGGCAGCGCAUGAAGGAUUCUCAAAUUCCUCAGGACGUACAAGUGUGCGACAUCGACUACAUGGACCGCUUCCGCGACUUCACCAUCGACUCGACCAACUGGGGAGACCUGCCUGCGCUCACAGACGAGCUGCACGCUGACAACGUCAAGCUCACUCUGAUUUUGGAUCCGGCGGUGGUGAUAGACUUCGACAACUACGAGCCUGUGGUGCGCGGCCGCGAUGCCGAUGCCUUCAUCAAGUGGAUGACACCUUCGCUGGUGCCGGGCGACCAGCCCGCGGGCACCAGCGACUACAUGGUCGGCUACGUCUGGCCCGACGAGAAGACCGUUUUCCCGGACUUCCUCAAGCCCGAAACCCAGGACUGGUGGGCCGAAGAACUGAAAAUACUACAUGACAAAGUUCCAUUUGAUGCUAUUUGGAUUGACAUGAACGAACCUGCCAAUUUCGGCACCAAUAUGGACAAACCUUUCAACUACCCUGAAGGACUUCCACCUUGGAGCCUCAAAUGUCCGUUCAACGUCUAUGACUCUCCGCCCUAUCCAACAAAGACUAUUCGAGUCGGAAACUCGGAAAGCCAGAGGCUCAGCGAUCACUCCAUUUGCUUGUCAGCCAUGCAGACGAAUGGUAACCAAACCUUCUUGAUGUACGACACGCACUCUCUCUACGGGUGGUCGGAGACGGUCGCCACUUACAAGGGCAUGAUGAAACUGUUCCCGAAGAAGAGACAAGUGGUGCUCUCCCGGUCCACCUUCCCGGGCUCUGGAUCCUACGCAAUUCACUGGCUAGGGGACAACACGGCUGACUGGACCCAGAUGGCCAUGUCCGUUGUUGGAAUGAUCGAGUUCAACUUGUUCGGCAUCCCGAUGGUUGGCGCUGAUAUCUGCGGCUUUUUUGGGGCAACAACUGUGGAAAUGUGUGCUCGAUGGAUGCAGCUCGGCGCUUUCUAUCCCUUCAGUCGAAACCACAACGCCAUCGGCGAGCCUGAUCAAGAUCCAACAUUUGAUCAAACAGUGGCUGCCAUCUCAAAAGAUGUCCUCGAACUCCGCUACAAAUAUCUACCGUACCUGUACAGCCUCUUCCACAUGGCUCACAUGGAUGGCGAGAGCGUGGUGCGUCCGCUGUACAAUGUGUACCCCAGCGACUUGACCGCCAGGGACGUCGACGAUCAGUUCUUCUGGGGCUCGGGCAUCAUGGUCGCUCCUGUCCUCGCGCCAGGACUCACUGCUAGAGACGUGUACUUCCCAGAAGACAUUUUCUACGAUCUGGUGACCGGUGAAGUUCAAAGCACAUCAGCCCAACUCCUGAGCAUCCCAGCCCCACUCGAGAAAAUCCCAGUCUUCGCGAGAGGAGGAAGCAUCUUGGCCACACAAGCGCCUGCGCUUAACACUGUUCUCAGCCGGCAAAAUCCCUUCGGUUUGACUAUCGCGCUUGACUCAGCCCACUCGGCCGAAGGGGAGAUAUUCUGGGACGACGGGGAGGGCGAGCACGUCAUGUCUGAAGCCUACAUGAGCAUGCUCUCUUUUGAGGACAACAUGCUGAUGUCGAUGAUCAUGCACGGACAAGAUGUUGUAGCUGGCUUGUCGAUUGACCACCUUAUCUUCUACGGCUACCCUUCCAACCCGACCACCAUCUCCGUCGGCGGUGAAGCAUUGGACUCAUCCGCCUGGGCUUUUGAUGCCGCAACUGGAGUCCUAACCGUCACGGUUGACCUACCACUCGACACUGAGUUUAUGGUCAUGUUCAUGUAAAAUGAACGAUUAAUGAAAUAAAAUGCAGUUAUUAUUGUA